AUGACAGUCGCAACGCCGGCUCACAAUGCCGGAUCGAUACGCUUUACUCCUAUCGUCUUGUUCAUAUAUGACCUUUACGUCAUACGAGUCUCAGCUCCUCUCAUCUGGCGCUGCUCAGUGCAGAAACACCUACGUCCCUUGUUCUCAAAGAACUUCUCUCAAAGACACGUGGAUAUUGGUGUUGGCAAUGGUUACUUUCCAAUCAAAGCCAUCCAAGACCUGGGUCGAAAGGCCAAGGACCAGCAUCUGACUCUGGUCGACUUGAGUCAAGCCUCUCUCAGCGCGGCGAAACAGGGGAUUCUGUCUCGUCAUCCAGAUAUUGAUAUUCGCACCGUUCAUGCCGAUGCGGGAGCACCGCUUCCUGCUUCUCUUGCAAAUGAGAAGUUUGACUCUGCUUCUCUCUCCCUCAUCAUGCACCACAUGCCUGGGCCAACUUUGUCCAAGUCCAAAGCAAUCAGGAACGCCAAGAGCCUUCUGGCGAAGGAUGGCGUACUGGUUGGAUCUACAAUCCUAGGCAAGGUUUGGGAGAAGACGGAAAAAGGGUAUCAGGUCAAGGCUGAGCAGAAGCCGGGCCGGGUUGCCACCUUUGCUUUGGGUUUCUACAACAAGAGAGGGAUUUUUGACAACUACGAGGAAGACCCCAAUGUAUUUGAGAAAGUAUUGAAGGAGGAAUUUGAGGAGGUCGAGACGCGAAUUGUGGGUAUGAUAUUUAUAUUCAGGGCUGCAAAGCCCCGAAAACAGUGA